GUACUGUCAAAGCUAUCAUGUACCGUUUCCCUUGGUACUUACAGUGCCUUACCUUAUUCUUCGUUUUGACGUGAAUCUUUAAUAUUAUGAAAUUUGUAUACAAUAUAAAAUUACUUUUGUAGAUUCGUGUAAUAUUGUUUUAAUUUUAAAAUAAAAAAUGGAUAUAGUAGACAAUGAUAUUAGACCGUGGGACGCCAAAGAUAUUAAAGAGCAAUUUGGCGAUAGUUUAACCCUACUUCCAUCAAAUGAUAACAUUAAAGAGCUGCAAACUAUACUCAGGGACAAGAAUACAACACGCAGUGACUUCAAGUUCUACGCUGAUCGUCUGAUCAGACUGGUUAUUGAGGAGAGCUUAAACAAGUUGCCAUUCACUGAUUGCGAAGUGGUUACUCCGACUGGAGCCAUAUACAAGGGUUUGAAGUAUGGUGCUGGCAAUUGUGGGGUUUCAAUUGUUAGAUCGGGAGAGGCCAUGGAACAGGGUCUCCGUGAUUGUUGCCGUUCCAUCCGCAUCGGUAAGAUCCUCGUGGAGAGUGAUACGGACACGCACGAAGCUCACGUGGUAUACGCCAAGUUUCCGGAGGACAUAGCCCGCAGGCAGGUGCUACUCAUGUACCCUAUCAUGUCCACAGGGAAUACAGUAAAACAGGCAGUUAAUGUUCUGACUCAGCAUGGCGUUAAGGAGGAGCGUAUUAUCCUAUCAAAUCUGUUUUGCACUCCGGCGGCCGUGCGAGCAGUCGUCGACUAUGUGCCCAAGAUGAAGAUCCUCACGUCUGAGCUGCACCCAGUAGCGCCCAAUCACUUCGGGCAGAAAUACUUCGGUACCGACUGAUACGAUGACGAAUACGAUAUAGACGUUUAACCGCCAAAAGCUCCUAACACGGACAACAUUUUACAUGACACACGGAAUAUAUCAUAUAGUACUGAACUUGUUCUAAAUAGAAUGGAACUAAAAAAGUUAUGUAGUUGAUUUCAACGUAAUUUAUCAAAAUAUUAAAGUAAAAAUGAUUUCUCUUUGUAAUAGAAAAGAAAAUAUGAAAGUUAAGAAAAAAACUAAACUAAUAUCGAUUGCUUGGGUACCUCUGCCCCAUUCGUGUUUCAACCGUGAAGCAGCUGUGUUUGCAUGGCUGUACUUUGGUUUGAAGGGUGGGAUAUGGCGUGAAUUUACUGGGUACAGAGGAAUAACACCUGAGUCCUUAGGAAUGGCAACACAUAUAUAUGGGUAUCAUGGGCGAAACAGUACACUUUGUUAUGUCCAUGGUACUGCUCAUGUUUAUAGGCGACGGUUACCACUUUCCAUCAAGUGAACCAUCAGCUUGUUUCCCAUUCUAAGUCGUAUAAAAAAAAAAAUUGUAAAUGGCAGUUAGGAGAUAUUGGUGAUUAAACGUCGAUAUGUAAUCUACAUAUGAGAGAAGUAAUGGAUUUUUUUUUAUUAAUUCCCUCCCUGGUAAAGGGGCGGGGUUACACUUUGUGUAAAUUAUUUAUUUAAACAGCAGUUAAGUGUAUCGUGUUGUAAUGAAAUUAUUUCAAUUUUAUUGUCAAUCAAAUUAGACUUUUCUUAGUUAUAUGGCAACCCUGUCUUUUUGACAGAUAAUUUUGCCGCGCAAAAAGAUUGUUGCUCUGAAACGUACUAGGAGUGAGAAAACAUUGUUGUAACCUGUUAGAUUAGUGUCUGUACUCUUUAUAUCUCCUGCAUGUGUGGUGUGGCGUUAUAUCAGAAUUUUAAUUAUCCUUGUAUACUAUAACACCGCUGUUUGAUUGUACCUCAUCUUCAUCGCGCAAUCUUCGCCGGUAUACCAACUUCAAAGAUACUGUUUUUAAAUAUAAAUUCAGUUUUUUAAUUUUUUUUUUUUAGAAUUUGAAUAAUUUUCUAUGUUAUAGAUGAGAAACUAUAUACUUCAGUGUAUUCCCUAAAUUGGUUUAAUAGAGAAAUAAACCCGGAACUUCAUAAACUUAAUACUUUAUGAUGUAAUAAUUAAUGAAAUCGUUAAACAAGAAAUUAAUGAAAUAAGUACAGAAACUGUAAAUAAAAAGUUAAAAGCUUGGAACUAUGUACUUAGAAAGUAGUUGUAUUAUUUGUUCUAUUGCUUUCGAAUAUGUAUGUAUAUAUAUUUUAUUUAUAAAUGCUUUACGAUCGAGUUCACCUAUAUGCAAGUGUAUUUAUACACUCGUCGUUUGUAAAUUGAAUUUUUUUGUAUAGUGACGACGUCGCUUCGAGAAACAUGCUCUCGUGUUUAGGUAAUUAAACAUUUGUUAUUGGAGUCAAUUCUGAGGAGCCAUUUCUUUAAAUCUAUUUCUAAAAUUAAAAAAAAAUGGUAUUGUAUACAGCAAAAUCUUUAUUAUAACCAAUAUGAACUCAUUUUCUAAUAGAUGUAAUUCAUAUCUUCAUUACACACACAGAGAGAGGGAGACUUUGUACAAAAGUCGUUUCCUUGGUCACCUCUGUCCCGUUCGUGUUUCUACCGUGAAGCAGUUGUGUUUGCAUGGCUGUGUUUCGGUUUGAAGGGUGGGAUAUGAUGUGAAUUUACAGGGUACAGAGGAAUAACACCUGAGUCCUCAAGAAUGGCAACGCAUGGGGGGUGUCAUGGGUGAAAUAGUAUACUCUGUUACUGUCCAUGGUACUGCUCAUGUCUAUAGACGACGGUUACCACUUUCCAUCAGGUGGGCCGUCAGCUCGUUUGACAUUCUAAGUUGUAUAAAAAAAAAAAUACGUUUAGAGAAAUGAUACUUCAGAAUCGGCCCUAAUGUUCUCUGUGCAUAUGUGGUGUAUAAUUGUUUUUUAUUACAAAACUUACGCUUAUAUAAAAUCGUCGAAUAUUUUUUGUUCCUGAAUUUAAGUUAGUUGUAUACAUAAGUGAAUGGAUUUAAAAUGUGAUAUUAGUUUAAUCUUUGGAAAUGAAUGAAAUUACAUAUAAUUAUGUAUUUAGGGAUUAGCACAUAAUAUUGUUUAUGUAUUAUUGCUUAUUUAAAUAAACUGGAAGCCAAAUGUU